AUGGUGACACAAAAGCCAAAAAUUGUGAUAAUUGGAGCUGGAAUUUCUGGCCUAACAGCAGCUAACAAACUCUACACAACACAAAAAUCAAAUGAAUUAUUUGAUCUUUGUGUUGUUGAAGGUGGAAAUAGAAUUGGUGGAAGAAUUUUCACUUCAGAAUUUAAUGGUGAUCAAAUUGAAAUUGGAGCUACUUGGAUACAUGGAAUUGAAGGUAAUCCAAUUUAUAAAAUUGCUAAAGAAAUUAACUCAUUGGAAUCAAAUAAGCCUUGGGAAUGUAAAGAAGGUAAAUUAAUGGACAAAAAAGUGACUAUAACAGAAAAUGGCUAUGAGGUAAAUUCUUCCCUUGUUAAAUCCAUAUCAGAAUUUUUCAACAAAAUGUUAGCUUUUUCUUCAGGUGAAGGAAAUUUUCAAGAUGAGGUAUGUAAAGAAAUUCUUGAAAGUUUUAAUCUUGAAAAUGGUAGUAUUAAAAAUCUAAGUAUUGGUUCUUUUCUUAGGAAAGGUCUUGAAUUUUAUUGGAAUUUAAAGAAAGAUCAAGAAAAUGUUGAAGUGUUUGAUAAAUGGAGUAGAAAAUCACUUGAAGAAGGAAUUUUUGCUAUGUUUGAGAAUAUACAUAGGCAUUAUUCAUCAGCUGGUGAUUUGAGUACUUUAGAUUUUAAUGGAGAAAGUCAGUAUUGUAAUUUUCCUGGUGAUGAACUAACUAUAGCUAAAGGGUACUCAACUGUGGUUAAAUCUUUGGCAUCUGUUUUACCACCUGGUUUGAUUCAAUUAGGCCGAAAAGUCACAAAAAUUGAAUGGCGAAACGAUGACUGUGGCUCAAAAUUUGAAAAUGGUGAUGGUACUAAGCCAGUGAAGUUACAUUUUAGUGAUGGAACAGUAAUGUAUGCUGAUCAUGUUAUUGUAACAGUCUCAUUAGGGGUACUAAAACAAGGAAUUCGCGACGAUUCUGGUUUUUUUAGCCCUCAGCUUCCUAGUUUCAAGACUGAAGCAAUUUCAAGACUUGGUUUUGGUGUUGUUGACAAGUUAUUCUUGCAACUUAGUCCAAGUACUGAAGAAUGUGACUAUGAGGGGAUGAAUUUUCCAUACUUGCAAAUGGUUUUUCAUCAAUCAGACACGAAAUUAUUUCACUCAAAAAUUCCCUUAUGGAUUAGGAGGACAGCUCUUAUACAUCCAAUUUAUCCCAAGUCAAGUACUAUAGUAUCAUGGUUUGCAGGUAAUGAAGCUCUUGAGAUGGAAACUCUAGAUGAUAACGAGAUCAUAGACGGGGUUUCGACAACAAUGUCACAGUUUCUAGCAAACUCAAAGAAUUUCAAGAACUCAGAUUCUGCAACAGCAGAGAGUUGUGUUAAGUUUUCUAAUGUUUUGAAGUGUAAAUGGGGUACUGAUCCAUUGUUUUUGGGUUCAUAUACUCAUAUUGCAGUUGGAUCAAGUGGAGAUGAUUUGGAUUCUAUGGCUGAGCCAUUGCCAAAAGUGGGAAAUAAUGGUGAAAAUUCAAAGAAUUGCCCUCCACUUCAGAUUUUGUUUGCAGGUGAAGCAACACAUAGAUGCUAUUAUUCAACAACUCAUGGUGCUCAUCUUACUGGAAUUAGAGAAGCAAAUAGGCUUCUUAAGCACUAUCAAUGUGUUGAUGUCUGAAAAAGAUUGUUGUUUUUAUUUGUUGUGGUCUGGCUCUUUCCCGGACCCCGCGCAUAGCGGGAGCUUAGUGCACCGGGCUGCCUUUUUUUUUUUUUUUUAUU